UUGUCGUGCCGCCUAUCACGGAGGCAAGUCGUGCCAAGUGACGUCUUGUGCAUUGUGCCUCUGGGGAUACAGGGGUGUUAACCGCUGAAAUGUCGUAGAAUAAGGUUUUGAUAAAUUCAUGGUGAAAAGUAAUAAUAAAAUAUUUAGAAAAAAUGGCUUUGAUCAACAUGCACCUUCCUCGACUGCCGCUGGCACUUGCGCGUCACCAGGAGGCCACUCCGCUGACCCCUAAGUCAACAGGGCCCCCACCCAUUGUGUUAUCGAGGGUAAUUUCUCUCAAAGAGAUGUGCAGCAAAUUUUGGUUGGAGCGUGUGCAGUACGUGCUGCGUCGCAACCUACCCAAGUGGCAAGCGUUCACCGUACAGCGGUUCCUGAAGGAUCUCCCUCGUAACCUUCGCGCCAUGAUGGUGCACAACGCCCUCAAGGCCGGUGGGCUGCACCUGAGGCACGGCAGCAGGGAGCUGGCCGCCAUCAACAGAGCUCUGGUUCUCCUCAGCUCCGACAUGCAGGUGGUGGAGCCUGUGUAUGUCACGCUGCCGCGCCCAGGUCCCGAGGGUGCCGACUGGCCCCUCGACAUUGAUUUGAUUCUUCGCAACGGUGAGGGUCUGACCCAUCUAGUACUGACGAUGCCACCGCUCAUGAUAGACGCCGUGAAGCGAGUGUUCAGUGAUCUCUGUCGCACCUGCAAAAAGCUCAGUCGCGUGCGCCUCAUUGAUGCCUCCGAUGAUGCCCUCACGCUGCUCACUCGCUACUGUCGCCUCAUCACUCACCUCGAUGUGUCUGGGUCUGCCGGCGUCACUGACGAGGGCAUCAAUCGAAUUAUCGUAAACUUAUUAUGGGGAGGAGGAGAAGAGCCCAUGAGGCUCCGCCACAUUGACGUGGGAGGCACCAGCGUGACACAAGAGGGCGUUGCUACUCUGCUGACCCGCGUAACGGAGCUGACCAGUCUCGGCUCCACCGACGUCAUAGAAGCUCUCAAAAUAAUGGAUGAACUGAGUGACGGAAGUGCUGUGACGGUCUUGGAGGAGGUAAAUGUGCGAUGCGUUACGAUAAACAACCUGAGGCUGCUGCGGCGAAUGUGUCCCGCAAUAAAGAAUAUCAAUGCCAUUAUCAAUUAUGCCGGAGUCACAGUGAACGAUCUGCGGCUGCUGCCUGAACUCCAGCAUCUAAAGCUUUCUGUUCAGGAGCCGUACCUGCUGUCCCCCACGGCGCUGUACGAGUUCGCUUGGUCGGUGGGCACGCGGCUGGUGACGCUGCGGUUGGAGGGAGACGUAUACUGGGAGGCCGAUAUUGGUGUUUUGGCUGGGAACUGUCCACAUCUAGAGGAGUUGGCGCUGCCUGCUGUGACAGUACCCACACGAGAGUCACUGGCGGCGCUCUCCAACAAGGACAGCAUCGCCCUGGCGCAGCUCAAGGUGCUGGAGCUGGACUGCAUGACGGGCGUGGGUCCCAAGGCGUGGGCCAAGGACUUCACACUGGUGCGGCGCGGCUUGACGGCGGCCCUCAGCAGGUGUCGCCAGCUACGACGUCUCAUCUGCCGCCCGACCAAUCUGGUGGAGACGGACCUGCUGGAGAUACUGUCCGUUAAUAGGAUGAUGCGUCUGGAGGUGCUGGAGCUCUACAACUGCGUGCUGGGUUUGGCCUCUGCUCGGCUGCUCGUGGACACCUGUGAGAACCUGCACGUGAUGAAGGGCCUUCGUACUUGGCGGGGCCUAACCCUACAGGACCUGGUGCUGCUGCGGCGACACACGCGGGGCCACCGACGCACCGCCGAACUCAAGAUUCUACCCUAACGUGGCACUGGCGGGAGGACUUACAAGAAGGGGACAGGACAGGAGAUCAGUAUGUUAGGAUAGGUGAGGAGGAAAAGGAGAGCUCAGUGAAAUGACAAAAGACUAGAAACGGAGGACUACAAGGACACGGAUAUGUUAAGAUGGAUGAGGAAGGAGAGGAGAGGAUACACAAUACGAAGAAGGGUGGAUUGCAUGGAGGUGAAGAAGGGACACCGGUGAAAAGGGGAAAAAAAAAAGGGAUAAAGGAAAUUAGAAGGAUAGGCUGUGACCUGGAGUGUUCAAAAUAUUACGAAAAUAAUAGAAAAAAUGUGGAACAAAUAGAAAGAAGUAC